AAUUCUUUGCAACUGUAAGCUCGACUCUUCUCACUUCUCCCAGUAAAGUUUUGUUGGUUUUCAUAAAUAUAAGAUGGGUUUUGCUUCCUUAUUUCUAUUAGACUUCCCUUAAAGGUUUACAAGUACCUGUCCAGUUUUCUAUUGUGCUACUUUGUCAUCCAUGGAGACAAUGCAGGAUGCAGAUCUGUUAAUUGUUUGUAGAAUUCCUCUCAUGUCAAAUAAAAAGAAUGGAUAUUACUGUAUUUUUGUUAGGAUGGGUUGAAGUUGAACUGCUGUCGGCAUCUCCAAAUCUUGUAGUCAUGGAAAUUGCAGAAACAAAAUGUUCGUCGGGCUAUGGGAAGCCUCCAUGGAUAUUUAAGGGCAGUGCUUUGUAUCAGCUUCAUCUUGUGAAAGCAGAAACAGCUAGAGCAUUCAUUCCACAAGAGUUUAGAUUAGUUGAAGCUUUUGGGUACACACUUGGUGGCUUUUUUCUCGCUAACUAUGAGGAAAGUCCAGCUGGGGCAUUUGAUGAGCUAGUGGUGAUUGCGGGAAUCGUGUGGAACCCUCCAACGUCCUGCGCAUGGGCGGCCAGGGUGCUUGUGAGCAGUAAUGAUGCUUGUGGUCAUGGAAGAAAGGAAGUUGGGCUCCCAAGUCAUGUUGCCAAGUUUUCUAAGAGGAUUGCCGCAAUUCCUACGCAGCACAUGAGUAAAUCCAAUCUCUUCCUCAAAAUGAUUGGUUUGGAUACUGGACACUCUAGAUCCAAGGAUAGGAUGGAUGUCCAGGUGACUGAAAUUACCGGUUCUUCUGCGACAAACAUGUGUCACAUCAACCUUGCAACUCUUGUUCCUGGGCUGAAAUAUGACAAGUGGGUAAGAGCAGGACCAUCAAUUAAAUUGUCACUACCAAGCUAUAGUGGACGUACAAAGCAUAAUCCAAACCUUCUGAAGUAUUCCUGCAAUAUUGAGUGCAGGAUGCGAACAGUGCAGCCUGCGAAAGUGUCAGGCCCAGGUCCUACAUCAAAGCAUGACACAGAAGAAUCUUUGGGCCAUCACAAAUGCAAAUCUGGAGAUUCUACUAACGGAGAACUCCUAGAUGAUGAACAGAGACUAAGCAUAUCUGUGAUGUUAUCAAAACCCAUAUUGGCUUUGCAGUUCAGUUGUUUGACAAUGCAGGUUGAAGCCCCAAUUGCAGUUCCCCCCUGCCCUAGAAGUUCUGCAGGAACUUCUUUAGUAGUUUCUUGAUAACCGCACACAUUAUACCCCCCACCCAAACCAUCCUCCUUGUAUUGCGAUGCAAUGAAAUUCAUAAAAUCCCAAAUUGUCAUCA